CCGGUUUUGUUCGCGGCCGGACCCGCCGCGGGGGCUCACGCGCGCCUCCCGCGGGGGAUCUCCCCCCGCGCCGCCACCCGAGCGGCCCCAUGGCCUUCAACUUCGGCGCGACGGCGGGAGCCGGGGCCGCCAACCCGAGCGGAUUUGGUGGGCUUGAAACUGCAAACUCCACUGCCAGUGGGUUUAAUUUUGGGGGUUUCGGAUUAACUGCUAAUCCCGCGGUGAAUUUUAAUAUUGGGAAUUUCGGUGUUUCCACCACCUCAACUCCACCGUUCAAUUUUGGUAACAGUCUGGCAAGUGCAGGAGCGUUCGGAGGGUUUGGCACCACCACCACCACUGCAGCACCAGCGUUCAGCUUCUCUGCUCCCACCAACACGGGCACCGGCGGACUCUUCGGUGCCACCCAGAACAAAGGCUUUGGAUUUGGCACUAGUUUUGGCACAGGAACUGGAACUGGCUUGGGUAGUGGGUUGGGAACUGGGCUAGGCUUUGGAGGCUUUGGAACCCAGCAGCAGCAGACCACGUUAGGAAGCGGGUUGUUCAGCCAGCCUGCCCAGACACCCGCCCAGUCCAACCAGCUCAUCAAUACAGCCAGUGCCCUGUCGGCUCCGACACUCCUGGGGGAUGAGAGGGAUGCCAUCCUGGCCAAGUGGAAUCAGCUGCAGGCCUUCUGGGGAACGGGCAAAGGGUACUUCAACAACAACAUCGCUCCUGUGGAGUUCACACAGGAAAACCCCUUCUGCAGAUUUAAGGCUGUGGGUUACAGUCUAAUGCCCAACAACAAAGAUGAAGAUGGCCUCGUGGUUUUGGUGUUUAACAGAAAAGAAGCAGAUAUUCGAAGCCAGCAGCAGCAGCUCGUGGAGUCACUGCACAAAAUUCUGGGGGGAAACCAGACCCUCACUGUCAAUGUUGAAGGGGUUAAAACGAUGCCAGAUGACCAGACAGAGGUGAUCAUUUACGUUGUGGAGCGCUCGCCCAACGGCACCUCGAGGAGAGUUCCCGCCACCACCCUCUACGCCCACUUCGAACAAGCCAACAUCAAGUCGUCCCUGCAGCAGCUGGGGGUCAGCCUCUCCAUGGCCAGGACAGAGCUGUCCCCAGCACAGGUCAAGCAGCUCCUGCAGAACCCUCCUGCUGGUGUUGAUCCUAUUAUAUGGGAACAAGCCAAAGUUGAUAAUCCCGAUCCUGACAAGCUUAUUCCUGUGCCAAUGGUGGGUUUCAAGGAACUGUUGAGAAGAUUGAAGGUCCAAGAUCAGAUGACCAAGCAGCAUCAAACUCGAUUAGAUAUAAUAUCAGAAGACAUCAGCGAGCUGCAGAAAAACCAAACGACAACUAUGGCAAAAAUUGCACAGUACAAAAGGAAGCUGAUGGCACUUUCUCACAGAACAUUACAGGUGUUAAUAAAGCAGGAGAUCCAAAGGAAAAGUGGUUAUGCCAUCCAGGCAGAUGAGGAGCAGCUCCGUGUACAGUUGGAUACAAUUCAGUGUGAACUUAAUGCACCAACACAGUUCAAGGGCAGACUGAAUGAGCUCAUGUCCCAGAUCAGGAUGCAGAACCACUUUGGAGCAGUGCGAGCUGAAGAGCGCUAUUACAUAGAUGCAGAUCUCCUAAGGGAAAUCAAGCAACACCUGAAGCAGCAGCAAGAAGGGCUCAGUCACCUAAUCAGCAUCAUCAAGGAUGACUUGGAGGACAUCAAGCUAAUAGAACACGGGCUGAACGAGAGCAUUCCCAUCAGAGGAGGAGUCUUCAGUUGACUGGAUGCUGCUGGGCUUACACAGAACACGUUAGUCAAGUUCAUGGUUCACCUUCCAAGGCUAAAACUUUUGAGGUAAAAUAAAACAUAUCUUGUAGGAGCAACGGUAUUUUGGCUGUUACCUUUAGAAUUAGCAAAGCCUCUUCUAAGCUUUUAAAAUUGACCUUUGGAAGGUUUAUAUUUUGUAAAGCUGUAUAUGCUUUAACAAAAGAAGGAAAACCGAAUCUGUUCAGAUACUGGUUUACUAUAAAACUAUAUGUACUAUUGUACAUUUUUUCUUUUUUUUUCUCUCCUUUUUUUACAACAGCAUUGUCCUAGAAAUACAGUGCUGAGGGGAUUGCUUCACUUGUGACUUGGUUUGUGGAAAGCUUAGCCCCCUUCCGUGUUUCUGUUAAAACAAUCAAGUAACAUUGUGUAAACAGUUAAAUCAUUAUGGGGAUGUUAGUUGCUGUAACUAUGUUGGUCCCUGCAAUACCAGUAGUUUACUGGGGCAAGCUGCAGGAACUUGUUUCCAGUUUCUGUUCUUCCUUUGGACUGCACAGAUCUGCAGGUCAUGUUUUUAUCACUUUACAUAUGUGAUUUAUACAGAGCUUUGGUGCCCCUCUAAGUAACAGGAUGUCCGGACGUUGUCUUCUGCCUUUUUUUAAUUGCCCAAGAGUAAUAAAUUCAGUCUGACUUUGUAA